AUGGCCGCGACCAUGAAGAUUGCGUUAACAUAUUGAAAGUUAAAGUAUAAACAGAUUGAGACACUGUCAGCGGUGUAUUGCCUCAGAGUUAAUUUAUAGAGAACAGUUGCAGAGUGAACCGAAGAAAAUGCCAUCGUCAGGAGGGAAGAAAGGAGCGCAGCGUACGAAGGGAAACGUCAAACCAUCAAGCAGCAGUCAAGCUGCAGAGCUGUUGGCCCAGACAGGUGCAGGGAGAACUGGGUUUAUAGGGUUUGGAUCUAUGGGAUCACCUGCAUACGUCCCGGCCAGCGAAUCAUUUGAUGAUGUCGAUAGCAGUCUGGACUCAGACUUCAGAAUGGUGCUCCGAAAAUUAUCCAAGAGGGACAGUACAACCAAAAUCAAGGCUCUCCAGGAGUUUGCAGGUCUUUGUGAAGAAAAAGGAGAGGAAUGCUUGAAAGGAGUUCUGCCAUUCUGGCCAAGAAUAUACAACAAGAUGUCCAUUGAUGUGGAUCAUCGGGUGCGGGAGGCAACCCAGCAGGCCAUGACGACUCUUGUAUCCCGGGUACGUCGCAACAUCGCCCCCUACCUGAAAAGUGUGAUGGGAAGCUGGCUACUGAGCCAGUGUGAUACGUACCCAACUGUAUCAACAUCAGCCACUCAGGCCUUCCAGUCAGCAUUCCCUCCAGCCAAACAGACAGAUGCCAUUGACUACUGCAAGACUGACAUUACUGAGUUCUUGGUGGAGAAUCUGACCUCACAGACACCAGCCACUCUCAGUGAGCCUAGGACCAGUACCCAGGAGGAAAUGGAGACCAGAUACAGCCGUGUCGUUACAUCGUCCUUCCUGGCGCUGAGGAAGUUGCUGUUGUCCCUCCCUGCAGCAUCGCCCGAUGCUCUCACUGAACACAUGCAGGGACUGUUGAAGGAGGGCAAGUUCUGGAAACACUCCAAAUCCACUGUCAGCAGUAUCAAGAGUGCCCAGUAUUCAUUCUGUGCCAGCCUGUGUCAGAUAUUGCCAAACGUUGCUCAGGAGUACAUCACCAAGUUAUCUCCCCUUAUAUUGCACAACAUUGACAGUUCAGAUCCAGUCCUCUGUUCAGCUCUCUGGGAAGCUGUCCUCUCAUUGGUCAAAUUCCUGCCUGAUUCCUGGAAUCAUGUGUCAUGGACCAAAGCAGUUUGGCCCAAGUUACGCACUUUGUUGGAAAAUGGUUGCCAUGGAAAUGCUUCAGUUAUUGGCCCCAAUCUUCUGCCACUCUUGAGCCAGAUUCCAGGAAGUCUGUCUGGAGAGUCCAAGAAGUUCUACAUGGAACUGUUCACCUGCUUCAGGACAGGCCUGGGUGUCGAGAGUGUGCAGCAGAGUGUGAGUGAGAGCUCCGCACUGGUCACUUCAUUGUUUGAGUGUUGUCAGUACACUGUGAAGGAGCUUGCAGACAACCAGGGGGAGACAAUCAACUGUUUGUUGUUGGACCAGGUGCUGCCGGUAGUGGAGUCAUCCCUGAUGGAGACAAAGUCCACUCUGUACAAGACUCCCCUGUAUGGCAUGUUUGCCCAGCUCACGACAGCCUUGGAGAGGACGGACAGCGGGGUGUCACUGAGCUCCAUGUGCUACAGACACCUGCUGCAGAUGAUCGAGGAAACUUACCCCACCCUGACCAACACCCCACACUUCUCACACAUUCUCCAGCAGACUUCUCUCCCUUGUGUCAGGGCAGCUCAGACCCAACAUGGUCACCAAGGCCAAGACAGACAAGGUAAGUUUGCUGAUGAUUUGACUGUUGAAGACUUGAAGCUUGGUCCUGUCGAGAUGUCUGAUUCCAGUCAGGUGUUUGUGAACUCUGUGUCAAGCUAUGUGUUUACAAAAUGUUUUCAAGCUGAGAGUGUGGAGUUUCUCAGUGUGUUUUCAAGGAUAUUUAAUCUUUACAACUCAAACGAGAUGGUAGAGACACUGUUGACUAUUUCCUCACUGCAAGCAGGGACCAAUGUUUACCUAAGUUUUGUGAGUGGUGUGAUCAUUCCAUGGGUUACCAAGGAGCAGACGUCAAACAAGGAGGACCAUGUCAUGUGUCUGUUGGAUGUGGUAAUGGUGUGUCUGUCACAGGUGGAGGACAGUCAAGCCUUAGAUAUCAUGACACAGCUUGCCAAGGGUCUGACAAGUCCAGUGUUGCUGUGUAACCUCAUCAACAAGGCCCUAGAGAUACAUGACUCCACACCAUCUGUGUCUUCAUGGCUGAAGAGUUCUGUGCUGACUGACAGGAUUAUCUCCCUUGGUGAUGACAUCUGUAAAAUGACUACGGAGAGCUCAGGAAACCAAGACGUCCUUGAACAUGGCUGGUCUCUGAUAACUCUCGUCCUCUCAGCUUCUGUCAAUGAAGGUCCUGUGUUUGAUGCCGCGUGUAUCGAGCAGACUUUAGGGGUCAUCUAUAAGACUCUGCAGCAACUUGGCACCAGCGGGAGCAAGGACAGAGUUGACAAGGCUGUCACAUUUGUUGCCAAGGCAACAAAGACAUUCUUCCAGAACUUAAUGGUGUGUCCCUCUCUGGACUCGGUGGAGAACCUCAUGCUGGCUCUGUUCACAGUCUACAUCGACAGUGACUACCCCGUCACAGAUAGAACACGUGAGGAAGUGCAUGAAGCUCUCAACUUUGGCCUGUACGUGAUAGUGCGUCAGACCGGGGCAUAUCUACGCAGUGGCGGUUUCCUGGAGAAGUCAGCAGAGCUUACACGGACCUUGAUCUCAUCUCGUACUCAGACACUGCCAGUGCUGCAGCAUGUAUGUCUGUGUGUCAACAAGGUGCUGGCCACCCUGAGGGACAACCUGCCUGAUGCCAGCCACACUGACCCGACCAUUCAGGCGCUGCUCAACACUUUCUUCAUUACAGCAAAGGCAGAUGAUUAUGCUCAGAUACAGGAAUAUAUGACCAUCAGGGGACUGCUGUCCUUGACAAGUCUCGUUAAGAAACGUCCGACAACGACAUUGCCCGCGUUGAUGUUCACCACACUCUUCAACGCCAUGCUCCUCAUGUACAAGGGGUCGGGUGACAUGACCUUGACCCUGACCAGGAAGGCCUCCCUGACAUCUAUCUCAUCAAAAGAACAGGGUCAAGAUGGAAGGGAGAUAACUGCUGUGACAUGGGAAAAGGAAGAUCUGGAGAGAUUAUUGGAUUGCCUGACACAGAGCAUCAUCACCCGAUGGUGGGCCGACAAUGAUAAGACGGUUCACCGUUUCCCAGAUUUGACAUCAGGACUGGACCAACUAAAGGUGAAGGUCAGGAGCCUGGUGACUGUCUUGGACAGUGAGAGUCAGAGGAAGCUCCUCAACAUGGCCAUGACAAGGUCCGAGGAAACAGGGGGCAUUGCUUCAGUUUCCUUGUCUACGUUGUUGGAUAUCCUCAAGACCAGCCAAUCAGAGGUCAGCUUGUCAGAUGAUGCUGUCAUUGAUAGAUGCAGCACCCUGACCACCACCAGCCUCCACACCCUACAGUGCAGCACCAGCUACGUCAGCGAACAUGCCCGUCUCACGGCCGCGCAGAUCCUCAACGCACGAUUCAUCACCACCCCAGCUGACUCCUCCACACAAGUUGAUGGUGGUGUUGGUCUGCUGGGUGUACUGAACAUGACCUUGCCUCAUGUCGAUACUGAAAGUCCAGAAGUGAAGGACAUAUUCAAGUCAACACUGAGCCAGAUAAUUAUGUGGAAGCAGGAAACCGAGGAUCUCAUGUUGUUUACCUGCGACCUGUCUGAGGCUGACCUUGACAAGAUCGCCACAAACGUGGAAGUGAUGAACUUUGUGCAGCUGUAUGUGACACUCCUGCCCCAGGAACUAGGGAACACUGACUGGGACUUCAUCAUGUGCAGCACCAUCGCAUGGGUCCAGACUGUUGCGGAGAGUGAGCACCUGCUAGCCAGCCAGACCUCUGUCAGUGUGUUCACCAUCAGGGCAUGUCAACUCCUUGGUGACGUUGUGAACUGUAUCGAUACCAGGAUACGCACAUCACCGUCCAGCUUCCCUGACAACCUCCUCACAGAAUGGGACGAGUUCUUCAGUGAGGGAGUGUUCAGUAUUCUCCUUCCUCUGUAUGUGAGACUUGUAGCCAAGUCUCUGCAGACAACAGGAGGUGGUCUCCAUGACAACGUCAUCAGUUCGAUGGGCCUUGCUAUCUCUUGCUGUCCCAAACAGCAUGUGCUAGGUCUCCAGUUGCCAGCCAAUCUAAUUGCAGAAGAUUUGUCUCCCCUGCCAGACUCUCUACAGUCUCUACUCAACACCUUCAGUCCCAUGAUGCUAUACAGCAGUGCCUCUGUACAAGUGACAGCCUUCCGUGUGCUUAACAGGAUUGUGAGUGAGCUGCCAGCAUAUGAACAGGAGGACAAGGAUGAGGUGGAGCAGCUGCAGGAGGAGGACAAGAGGAAUGAUGAGUCCAGUAAACCACCUCAUGCUGUCAACAAGGUGUGUAUGGAGGGUGCUGCUGCCAUGGACAUAGUGUUGUGUGAUGCAGGCUUAGAGGAGUGCUUUACCAUUGCCCCCAACACUGAUGAGUUUAGGUACACCAUGGGAUACCUGUUGUCAUGGAAACUCAUCCUCAAGCUGUUCAAGAGCAGUCCAUCAGUGAUGAGAACAACUAGUUACAUUGACAAAUUCACCAAGAAGCAUGUGAGUCCACUAUUGUGUCACUCCGAGAUCUCCUCAGUGCAGGCCACAGACGAGGAGCUGGAUGGAAUCGAGAUCAAGGCUCGGCCUAAGAUCCGUGAAGUGAUAGCAAAGUACACAAUGUCGGAGGUGAGCGUGGAGGUCGUAAUUUCGCUCCCAGAGAAUUACCCUCUUGGGAGUAUCACUGUGGUCAGUGACAAGAAGGUCGGGGUGACCCAGUCGCAGUGGGACCGGUGGCUGCUCCAUCUCAACAUCUUCCUCCAGCACCAGAAUGGCAGUAUCAUUGAGGGGUUGAAGCUGUGGAAGAAGAACAUUGACAAGAGGUUUGAGGGUGUGGACGACUGCAUGAUCUGCUAUUCAGUUCUACAUGGCACCAACUUCCAGUUGCCACGGUUGCAGUGCCGCACAUGCAAGAAGAAAUUCCAUUCUGCAUGUUUGUACAAAUGGUUCAGCACCAGCCACAACUCAUCAUGUCCGUUGUGCCGGAACCUGUUCUAGCAAGCUUGUUGAACAUCUUGACAAUCUAAUACCUCCAAGGUCCUUGCCACCAAGUACAGCUGUGCAUCAGACGAAUCCAAGGAGGACUGCUGCUUUGUGAAUACAUGUAUAUACAUUCUGGUGAAGGUCACCAGUGUCCGAGUUGUCAAGACCAGCUGCCGGUCACCAGUGUCCGAGUUGUCAAGACCAGCUGCCGGUCACCAGUGUCCGAGUUGUCAAGACCAGCUGGUCACCAGUGUCCGAGUUGUCAAGACCAGCUGCCGGUCACCAGU